AUGACGGAAGCCCCAAGAGAUGAUCCCUUCUCGUCGGGCUUCCGACACGUCGACACCGACGCCGCGCAACCACACGUCGAGAAAUACCUCUUGCCGUUGAAGAAGAGGGCGGCGACCACGAGCGACGGUGGCGACCGCAGCAGCGCCGACGGUCCGUUCGUGGUCCCACCGAAGAAGAGACGGGUGGUGGAUACCGGGGGCGAGGGCACCAGCACCCACGUGCACGCGAUCCCGGUUCAGAGCCGGCCCAGGCGAGUGGCGGCGUGCAACGUUGCGUACGUGAGCAUGGAGGAGGAAGCCGGGACGCCGGCGACCGGGGCGGCGGGAUCGAAGAAGAAUAGGAAUAGGAACAGGAACAUGAAUAGCAGCAGUAGAAAGAAGGGACCGCGGGCGGCACGGGGCGCCGCCCCGCUGGUCAACAGGCCGCUGCACCUUAGCGUGGAGCAGCAGCAGCACCUCAAGACGCUGGGAGCCACGGCCCCGCAGUUCGUCUUCAUGAAGACCCUCCAGAAGAGCGACGUGGAGCCCAACCAGAACCGGCUGCUCUUCUCGUGCAAGCGCGAGUUCAUCCAGGCCCACCCCAUCACCUGGCUCCUGGCCGAGGAGGAGACGUACUUCGUGCAAGAAUGGGGCGACGGGCUGAGCGUGAGCGCCAUGGACGACCGCGACAAGCAGUUCAACUUCAAGCUCAAGUACCUCGACUCCAACGGCGGGUACCGCUUCAUCGGCCCCGGCUGGAAGGACUUCGUGGCCGAGAACAAGUUGCUGGAGCCGGUGAGCGACGGCCUUCAUUUUGUCAUCGAGCUGUGGGCGUUUCGGUCGCCGUUGUUGCCCGCGCAGCCCGAGGGUCCCGACGUCGAGGGUCUGGACGGCCACCCUGACGGCACCCUCGGGUUUCUCUUCCGAGUGUAUCACGACGAGAGCAGGGACGUCCACCGCGGCGGCGAGGAAGAAAGGCGGCCGGUCCAGAAGACGAAGAGGCAGGCACCGGCCAAGGCGGUGCCAUCGAAGAAGCUUGCGGGUGCCGGUGCGCAUGCGAGUCAGGGCCAAGCCGUGGCGCGGGACGUGACGAGGGCUGAGAUAGUCGAGGCGGUUGGGGAGGAAACGGCGGAUGCGUUGUUCGGGCUGUUGAUGCUAAGGUCCAGUGGCCCCGUUCCAAUGCUUCCCUUUGAAAAUGCAUCGCCUCUUCAGAUUUGCUAG